GCUUUCAAACCCAAACCAACCAACCAACCACCCACUGCCCUUUUCCAAUCAAAGCUUCGCCCAGAAUAGGUUGAAAAUUUCCGACCCAUUUGCAUGUCUAAAGAGAAUAAAAAUGUCAGUCAGAACAAUUAUCAAACACCUCCAUCGCCACCACCGUUACUUGAUUAAACCCCUUGCUUCCUCUCGAUCCCUUUCCUCCAUCGCCACCUACCCUCCGUCACAGCCACCACGCCACGUUAUCCAAAACCACAACCAUGAUCAAGACCCGUACUCUCUCCUCAAGGAGGAUCCUAUCCAAAUCUGCUCCUCCCUCUGGGUCAAAACAUUUUCUUCCCCACCCGAUAUAACAUUCCCGAACCUCACUGGCUUCCUCUCCAAGCUCGACCUCUGGGUCCUCGCCUACCAGCGCUCCUGCGCUCAAGUGACAGGCACGUUCCCUCCUCGCAACGCCAUCCAUUCUCAUGUCCUCUCCGACCUCCUCUCCCUCCGAAAUGCCGUCGUUCAUGGGCAAUUCUUCUGGAACAAGAAGACCCAGCAGUACAUUCGGAGCCCCAACGACAAGCCCCUUACUAGAGUUAUCUCCAAACGCAAGCUUCAGGCGAUUCUUGAAUCCGACGAGCCUUGUUUCCAAGACAGGAUCGUUCAGGAGGUCCUUUUGAUGGUGUUGGAGCCGGUUUUUGAGGCUCGGUUCUCGCCAAAAUCACAAGCGUUUCGGCCUGGACGGAAUGCACAUACGGUGAUUCGGACCAUUCGCAGUAACUUCGCAGGGUACCUGUGGUUCCUGAAAGGCGAUUUGAGUGAGAUAUUUGAUAAUGUAGAUGGACGUCUGGUAUUGGGUUGUGUUGAAAAGGCCGUUAAGGAUAAGAAAGUGUUGGGUUUGAUCAAAUCGGCGCUCAAAGGACCGGUUAGGGAUCGGUCACAAUUAGAAACUGAAGAUAAAGAAGAGCUGAGAAAGAAGAAGAAGAAACGGCAGCCUAAGAAGAAGAAGAUCCUCAAUGAGAAUGAGCCCAAGCCGGAUCCUUAUUGGUUGAGAACAUUUUUUAAUUUCGCACCUAAAGAGGCUGCUAAGGUACCCUCUUAUGGUUAUUGUGGUAUUCUUAGUCCUUUGCUUGCUAAUGUGUGUCUUAAUGAAUUGGAUCAUAUGAUGGAAGAGAGAAUAGUUGAGUUUUUUAGGCCGUCUAAGCUUGAUUCGAUAUGGAAAGAUUCUAUUAAUGAUGGGUGUCAUAACCCAGCUUGGCCAGAGUUUGUUCCUUCUAGUGGGAAAGAGAAAACUAGGAAAAUGGACUAUAUACGAUAUGGGGGUCAUUUCUUGAUCGGGAUCCGAGGCCCUAGAGAGGACGCGGUGCAAGUUAGAAAGGAAAUAAUUGAGUUUUGUGAAAGCAGAUUUGGGUUAAGGUUGGAUAAUUCAAAGGUGGAGAUAGAACACAUUACCAGGGGUAUAAAUUUCUUGGACCAUAUAAUUUGUCGCAGGGUGAUACACCCGACACUUCGUUACACUGGUACUGGAGGUAAUAUUGUGAGUGAAAAGGGUGUAGGUACUUUGCUUUCUGUUACUGCUAGCUUGCAACAGUGUAUUCGCCAAUUCAGGCGGCUUGAGUUAGUUAAGGGUGAUAAGGAUCCUGAGCCACUGCCUUGCAACCCAAUGUUGUAUUCAAGUCAAGCUCAUUCAAAUUCCCAGAUGAACAAGUUCCUUGAGACCAUGGCCGAAUGGUACAGAUAUGCUGACAAUCGCAAGAAAGUUGUUGGGUUUUGUGCUUAUGUGAUUAGGAGCUCUUUAGCUAAACUAUAUGCUGCAAGGUAUAGACUAAAGUCUCGUGCCAAGGUGUAUAAGAUUGCUUCACGUGAUCUUAGCCAUCCUCUGAGGGCGAGCAGUAACAAUUCAGCUCCUGAAUAUUCAGAUCUUUUGAGGAUGGGACUUGUCGAUGCUAUUGAGGGUGUUCAGUUUUCUCACAUGUCUUUGAUUCCAUCAUGUGAUUACACCCCGUUUCCUAGGAAUUGGGUCCCAGAUCACGAGAAGGUGUUGCGAGAAUAUAUUAGACUGCAAGACCCAAAAUUCUUUUGUGAACUGCAUAGAUCAAUUAAACGACAUGGUUUAAGUUUGCCUCAAGAUGAGAUAUCUGAGAUUGUAUGGGACUAUAAAACUUUUGGGGUAUGGAAAAGUCGGUCCUUUGAUGAAACUAAAACAAAUGAGGGUUCAGGGAAGGUGGAUGGGGCCCUGUGAAUGAAUUCUUUUCUGGAUUUAGGGAAGAACUUUCGAAUGUUGAAAUUUAGCUCCCCGUCUUCAUUGCAUACUUGUGGACCAUACACACUAUACACAAUUGUUAUCUGGCUAAAUGUCUUCUAGAGCACAGCUUUGAUGCUUCAAUACCUUCUUGUAAAUAAAUUUUUUAGCCAUUAUCAUCAUGUGAUGUCUAUCCUCCAAAAGGAAUAUGUCUAUAUGACAGAAGUGAUUGAAAUGAUUAGAACAGAUUGAACUUGGAAUGGUUACAUUCAUGAAAAGUCAGAAGGGGCACUUACCGGGGAAUUAGACAAGAUUAGAUUUUCUGGAAUGAUUGCUUCUGAGCAGCUUGUGUGAUACUCAAGAAUGACUGCUUCUGAAGGAAAUGAUAUGUUCAAGCUGAAUGUGCUAGCCAAGACAAGAGGAAGGCCAAAGAAUUGGUUGAGAUGGCAAAGUAAUCUUGAUUGUGAAUGGAGAUUACAAGAAGAACACCUGAGAAAAAGGUAAAUGGUGACUCGAUUUUAGUUGGGAACUGUUAAUUGGUUUCAAUUUCAAAGGAGGGAUUUUGUUGAUAUAGUGUGUGAGCUUUGAGGAGCCCUUCCUGUUGGAGUCUUUUAAUUCAGGAACUUAAUAUUUCUCUGAAAAAGAUUAUCUAGUAGAAAGAACAAAGAGUUUUGGCAACAAUUCUGCAUAUUAUGUUAUUUAUUUUUAUUUCACUUUUUCAGUGGGCAUUCAAGUUAUUUUUUGUUAUAAAUGUUUGUCCAAUCUUCAACAUGAUGCAUGGCUCCUUUUGCCUAUGAAUAUUUUAUUUUGAAUCGGUGACUGAUUGAAGAGCUCUCCUCACAAGUCUUGGGGGCUAGAAUCCUACCACCUGGUGGAAAUUGUAUAUUGAACAUUCCAUGUAGUGCUGUAAUUGGGAGUUGCAUCCUCACCAUUAUCUUAGACCGUGCUUUAGAAUUAAAUCUGUGUUUUUUUGGGGGUGUUACCGUGCUCGAGGAAGCAUGUAAAUUUGUGCAGAUUAAGUGUCGCUAAUCCUUGUUAGAGAAGAUUUUGGUAAACACGAACAUUCCUGGCUUCAAUUUGGUUGGCUCACAGUCACUGCAGGUUAUUUUGAUCUUCCUAAUCUCUCCUUUGUUUGGUGGCACAUCUGAACUGGGUCAGUCUUGGAUCAUAAGAUUCUCCUUCUCCUGGCUUCUUAGUUUGGUGGUACAUUCGAUGUUCCUGCACAUUCUUGCCUCGUGUGCGAAUCUCUAAAACCAUGAGGCAACUGCAGAUCGUACCUAUGGUUGGAUUCGGAUGGGGAACAUUCCACCGUACGGGCAGGCACCUGCAUGAGCAGAGGUGGUGGCGAAUACAAAAUCCUAAAUCAGAAUGCAUCACUCAUUGAAAUCUACUGCAAUUGCAUUGGGCAUUUGUUGCUGUUGCAUAGUACCUAUGGAGGGUCUGUAAGGCAAAAACGUGCAAGAAGAUUGGAUGCACUGUGGAAUUGAGGAGCAAUGAAUUGGUGUUCAGAAGAAAAUUUGAUUUUUUUAGUAAAGGAUUGUGUAUUUAUAUCUCAAGCUGUUAAGUUUACGGAUGUCAUCUAAUUGGGUGAACCUGAAGAAUGUAUUUCCCAUCAGUAGUAACCCUCACAGGACACCAUGGAAGAAAACCUUUAGGCAGAGAGAACUCCUCCAACAGUAUUUCAUAUGCUUUUUUCUUGCAGAGAGCUCCAUGGUGCUCCACCAUGGUAAAUCUCUGUCUUUUAUCUGUAAGACUCGAUCACUUGAGUUGCCAUUUAGUUUGCAUGUAUUUCGGGUGAAGCCUGAAGAUGCGAUUUGGAAGGAAUCAAAUAUCUUUGUGACAUUUAUUUCUU